ACAAGAAGGAAAAAAUCCUAUUUCAAAGAAGAAGGGAGGGAAAGGGACUAAACAAAAUGCAUCCAAGAGUGGAACUGUACCUUCGGUGGGUGACGAAAAUGCAAAGGAAAGGAAGGAUACAAAUGAUAGCAAUAGGGCAGGUGAAGGAAAGUGUUCACCAGCAGAUGUAGAUUCUACUACACCAGAUGAUGGUGGGAGUGAGACAGUUGCUACAACAGAAACAGUCACCUCUGUAUCUGACAAGACCAGUACAGAAGCAACAGGGCCAGAUCUUGAGUCACAGCAUGGUUCAGGUGAUAGAGAAAAUCAAAAUACAUCAACAGCAAAAAACCUUGCAAGGUCCGAUGAGACAGGGAAAAGGAAAGAUCAGUCUCAGUCUGAAGUUAGCCACGAUGAACACUUGUCUGGGAGCAAUAUGAAGAGAAAAAAGGUUGAGGAUGGAAGUACAGUUUUAAAGCCUGAAGAUACUGGCCAAAGAGCAACUCCUGAGUCAAUCACAAAAGGUGUCGAAGAACCAGUGAUUCUCAAGAAAGAAGCACUUUUCUACAUUCCUGCUAGUGAAGUGAAAAAGAAAUAUAUCAAAGAUGUGUUUGCUGAUUUUUCAUCUAAAGCUGGUGGAUAUAUCUCUGUAAAAAUGAUGUCUUUGGAUGAAAAUAUGUGGACCAGUCAGAAGGUAGACUUCCCUCCAGAUGCUGAUGACCUUUUUUGUGGAGUCAGAAUAUGUUACAGCAAUAAAUGGGUAUCACGAAUAUAUCACGAAAAAGCAUAUGCUUUGCAUGAAAUGGGAACAAAUAACAUAUUCCGUUGCAUUGAAGGCCUAUAUGACUAUGAAGAAGGUUUUUGUGGUCAUGUUAGUCACAUUUUAAUGAAUAUCUCAGCAUAUGGAUAUAAAGAUGCUCUCAUGCAAAUUGAAGACCUUACAAAGAAUAUAUUUAAGGACCACAGAGAUAUUGAAUCAAUCUUCAGGUUGAUGAAAAACUGUUUUGAACAUCAAAUACACAGCAUGUCACCUGGCAGCUUGAGUGCCUUGGGAUAUGUUUAUAGUAAACUCUCUACGAAUCAAGAUUACAUCAGGCGUUCACAUUGGGUUUCACCAACCAUCUGUCAGUCAAUCCUGAAAGGCUUCAAGAUGAUUUCUGUAAAGGACAUCCCAAGCACAAUGUUAUCAGCUUUCCAGUGGAUUGCAGAAAGUUUGUGUCAAGUUCCAUUUCCUAAAAGUCCAUGCCACUUCUUCACUGUCCUGGAAUACUGCUUUCAUCUGUUUUCACCUGAAUAUUUCUCCGAGCUCUUGCAGAAAUCUAUUUCAACAAAUACAUUCAAGGUACAUGACAUUGAACACGUGAGAUCGGUUCUCAGAGGAACACACAGUCUUGUGAGCACAGAUGAUGAACCCUCAUAUUGCCAGUUCCUUGAGAGAUUGCUACAGCACUUACCGUUGGAAUUUGCCCUGGCAGAGGAAGAAAAUGUAAGCUCUUUCAAAACAGAUACCCAGACUAUCAUUCGUAUGAAAGUGGAGAAAGAAUGCUCUUCUCUAAUGAAGACAAGAAACAUUGGGCAGAUGGUUGCGCUCCAUGAAGUGCUUUCCAAAUGGGAAAAAGUUAAAGGAGAUAUUGCCAGAUAUAUGGAACAGAAAGUGAUUGGUAUGUGUGAAAACACCCACAAGACUCAUGAUUUUGACUGCCACAAAUUACAGACACUUUUGCUUGCAGACAAUCUCUUUGUUGAACCUUCCUCUCGUGUUGAAGUCUUGAAAUUACUGGCAGCGUCAGGCAACAAAUUGUUGCACUCUUUGUUCACAGAGAUGUUGAAACAUGACUUUUUGGAUGGUUGCAGGGAAGAUUUCCUUCCUGAUCUGACCCAGAAAUGGUUUGAAAAAGCUAUUCAGUUACACUGUAGAGAUAGCCAAUAUGACAGACCAAUUGAUGAUUUACCACAUGUCUAUGAAUAUCUGGGCUGUGCUUUGUCUGCAAAUUGUGUUUCAUGCAAUUGUAUGCUUGUCCAGUGUUUGAAAGAUAGAGCAUUUAUGUUCUUGAACACAAUAAAUGUGCAAAGCUUAGUUGACAAGUUACUUGAAACUGAUUUUGUAGAAGAUUCACACUGCCAGGAAGUUUUUGCUGAACAUUUACAGACUUAUCUGUUAGAAGGAAAACAGGCGGAUAUGAUAGGUAUAAUUCUAUCUAAAGCUGGAACUUCAUCCUGGAUUGGAUAUUCACAAAGCAGAAACUAUUCAAAAUUGUAUGAAAAGAUGCUGGUGAAAUGCAUCGAACAAUGUGGCUUACUGGAAACAAAGAAUGAUGAAACCUGCUUUCUUCAGAUGUUGAAAAAUGUGGAGUUCUGGACAAACCUUCUGGAAAUGGCAGAGCAAUAUGAAUUCCUAAAGACAAAUGUUGUCCUUGGAAAAGCUUGUAGGGCUUCUGCCCAGAUGGCACAAAAGUUGUGUUCUAACACAUUGUCCCUCCUAUUUUCAAAGAAAUUACAUGCAGUAGUGAAAGAUGGCUAUUCUAAGUGUACCAAAAUGCUUUUAGUUUCUGGUACAGUCUACAAGAAAGAAGACUUGGAUAAAGCACUGUCACUGUUACCUGAAGCUAGGAAAAGGGCAGAACGUGAUGACGAAUUCAUUUCUAAUAUUUUGAACAAAUUUAAACAUCUCUUUGGGGGAAAAUUGCCUGAUUUAAAAAUUGCAUUUAAAAUGUUUCAGGAAAUGCACACAGAAGUACAGGCGGGAUCAGUAGUUGUAUCAGCUCUUCUUGAUCAUUCAUUUUGGGGCCCUUUCUGUGAUAUCCUGAGGUCUAGUGAUCAUAUUUUCAAUGUUUCAAAGUCACAAAGUUUUUGGAAAAUCUCUAAAACAGUGAUAAACAAGUGGUUAUCAAUUCCUGAUAUUUUAGAAACAGUUAUGCCUUCAAAUCCGGAAGACGACAUUUGCCAGCUGUUUGGAGAAGACAGAAUUGAAGAUGAUAACCCUUAUGUAACUGUGAAGGUGAUGGGAAUGCUUGCUUCUGAAUGUAUAAGAGACUAUGAAAAUAUGUGGAGGCCCCUUUUUGAUGGCUCUGAUCAAAGAAUAGGUGACAUGCGGCCCCUGCUUGAUGUUGAUGACAGUCUAUCUGAACAGUCAGUAGCAGAAUGUCAUUUUGACAGGUUGUUAAAGGAUUGGGUAAAGAAAGCAGUUCACAUGUUUGACAAAUACUUUGAGUAUUCUGCUAGAGUUGAAAUAUUGAGGAAGGUGUUGAAAAUACUUCACUUACAGGAAUUGGAGGAAACAUUUGCAGAAUCUGUGCAAGCAUUUACAUCUCUUGAAGAAAAUAAUGUGGAUGACCUAACACUGAGACAGCUGUUUGAGACUGGAAACAUAUUGAGUCAGAUAAGUGAGAUACUUCAAGGUGAACUUUCAAAUAUUUUGGAGGAACUUUCAAAAUCAUCUUUUCUUGUAGACUUUCUUCGAGAGACCGCCUUGGAAGAUCUGCGUAACCUAAUUGAUGCUGUGGAGGAGCACUCAGAACAGUCUGUGCAAGAAUCAACUGUGUCUGCUCUGAUAAAUGUGAAAAGAUUUCUCAGCCCAAUACUUAGGGAAACUCCCCAUUCAGAAGUGAAACAUGUGUUGACAAUGCUGCAGAAGUCACUGACUGAUUCAAAAAUAACCAACCUGGAUCAAAAGAUUUCUGAGUGUAACACCCACCUUCACAGCCUAAAGGCUCUUUUUCAUAAUGUUGCCAACAGGGGUGAAGUUACAAAAGAAAUUGUCAAGAAAGCUGUCCAGCAAGGAUCAAAGUAUGUAUUUACAUUAUCCCAGUCUGGAUGUGAUUUAAAUCUGAAGUACAGGAGUCACAACACAACAAGGACUCAUACACACUCUGACAUUAGUGACUUGAGAAGCAGAGUUAUGUUAAUGAAUACAGAUGUGAAAGAGAAAGGCAAAGCCAAAAAACAGGACAAGAUCAAAGAAGAUUUUGAAAUAGUAGAAACCAAUAUUAUUGGCUCAACUUUUUAUCCUGAACAAUUGCGUCAAAUUGAAAAUCACUUCAAAGCAAUACACAGUAAAGUGGAUACAGAAAUAUCCGAUCUUUUGUCCUUUACUGGUUAUGACUUAAAACAUUUAUCAGGAGGAAAUGACAUAUAUUCCCACGUUCAGGAGGAUAUAGGACAUGAUGCCUUUGGACUGAAAAGUGUUGGAAAAACGUUAGAGAUCUUGUUUCAAGGUAAAACAACAAUGUUGACUCCAUUUCCUGAUACUAAAUCUGGAAGGGUCGCUGACGCAGUUCAGGAAGGUGAAUUAUUUCUAGUGGGUUUGAAUGAUGAUAGUGACCUUGUUGUACCAACUCUGUUAGCUUUGUACAAAAACACAACUAGAUGUUUACCAAUGUCAAGCCAAGUACUUUUCUGUCAAGAGGAUACACUUUGGGAAGACAUUGAACUUCUCAUACGAAGAUGUCUAGGUGCAAAAAGGGAAAAGAAACCAAAUCAGCUCUUCUCCAUUGUCUGUGUUGAAAAUCUGUCAAGUGAACUUCAAUUUAGGCUUGUUGAUAUACUUGAAACAAUGGAGGAAGAGUCUUACCUGCUGGCAAUAAUUUGUAGAGGAAAUGCUCAUCACUCCUUUUUAGAUCAUUUUGGAGAAAAUGUUCAUCAAGUGCAGCCAAUGUCACAAUCAGCAAUGGAAGAAUGUCUUCAAACAUUAUGGCCUGAUGUUGUCACUGUCUUAUCAGAUGUCCCAGGUCAAGGAAAAUCAGAAUAUAUCCAGGAACUGGCAUGGUCAAAACAAAAGAGAGUCUGCUCAUUGCAUGUCAGUGGAGAAAUGACCCCAAAAGAACUUGUGAAAAAGAUGUCCGACCUUGAUUUGACAUCAUCAGAUCUGCUUCACAUUGAUAUUGGAAUGCUUUCUAAACCCAAGGAAGUGGAUCUGCUUCUCACUCAGUUGAUAGUGCUAGGUUUUGUUUCCCAUGGAUCUGAUCUAGUGAAACUCACAACAAAAACAAUUUGUAUUGAGGUAGCGAACACUAUCAGUAACAGUCUUAGAAACUCAUUAAAUACAGUUUUGUGUUUCAGAAGAGAAGUGCUCAAAUGGCAAAAUUAUGCAAAUUUUUGUGUAAGCAAUGAAACAUGCAGCCCUGUGCAAGUUGUCUGUCACUACUUGCAAGCGUAUGACUGUGGGAAACUGGACACCACUGACUUGUACUUUACCGGUGAAGCUGGAUGCAGGCCCUUGCCACAGGAAAAGUGUACAGAAAUGCUCAAGAAGUAUUUUUCAAGUGGAACAGAUAUAUCCUUCACUCUCGUGAGAACAUUUUUAAAUGUGUUGUCGGAUCAAUUGAAAAAGUUUUCAUGCAGUUACUUUUUCAGGACAACAAACAUAUCUGGAAUGCUUGGUGGAGAUGCACAUUUGAAAGAUGUUAAGAGUCAGUUGUUCAGGGCUCUCCUUGAUGUGUCAAGGGAAUUUGCUACAAGAUCUGUUCAUGCAUGUCGGGAAGAUCAGACAGCCAGUGUUCUAACAAUGAGUCAAUCUGCUGAUAUCAAUCAGAGUGUGGAAAAUCUAGUAGCUACUUCUGCUUCAGCUUCAGCAAUGACAAAACGUGUGGAAGCCAUGAUACAGUGGGAGGAAAGUAAUCAUUUACUGAUUGCAUUUCACAAUCAAGACAUUCAAACACUUUCUGCUCUUUACAGGAACAAAAGUUUGGUACCUGUACAUGUGAAAACACUCUUUGAAACACAAGUGAAAGCUGUUAUGCCUGAGUUCUCAAAACUAAGUCAAACAGAACUUCAAGAUAUGUUGCAACGAAUUGCCAGAUUCAAACCUGGAGCAACAUCUGAUAAGGUUAAGAAUCACAUGAGUUCGUCUUAUGCUCUGACACCUGACAAUCUAUUGAAAAUGAUACUAAUCAUACUACGAACGAGGGCUCAUGUUCCUGUCAUCAUCAUUGGGGAAACUGGGUGUGGAAAAACAAGUUUGAUCAGAUAUUUGUCUGUGAUCUGUGGAGUAGAUCUAAAGAUACAGAACAUACAUGCCGGGAUUGUAGAAGAUGAGAUUAUUAGACGUGUUUUGGAAGUGAAUGAAACAGCUUUGAACUCCUUGGAUGACGUAGUUUGGCUGUUUCUAGAUGAAAUCAACACUUGCAACCACCUUGGUUUAAUCAAUGCAAUUCUUUGCCAUCACACAUGCCAUGGUAUGAGGCUUGCUCCCAAUCUUGUUGUCAUGGCAGCAUGUAAUCCAUACAAGAUAAGAAGUGAUCAGAGUAUUUUCACUGCGGGACUUGAGACUAAAGUGCAAGCAGAUGAAAGGUCUAGACUGGUGUACAGGGUGAAUCCUCUUCCAGAAAGUAUGGUGGAUUUUGUAUGGGAUUAUGGCAGUCUGAGUGACAGCGAUGAAAAGGCAUACAUAAAGCGCAUGAUAACUGGCUGUGUUCAGCAGAGUUUAGAAAAUUGUGUAGUUGAACUGUUGGUUAUGUCUCAGAGCUUUAUCCGUGAACGGGAACACUCAGGAUCAUGUGUUAGUCUUCGUGAUGUGAGUAGAUGUCGGAAGUUGAUUGACUGGUUUAAAAAGACAUUGAAAGAGAAGGAAAAAUUAAAGGAGACAUGCUUUUCUUCGAGUAUUCACAUGGAAAGGUUCUCUGUGGUCUUAGCAUUAGCACAUUCAUACCACUCUCGGCUACCAGACACAUGUAGCAGACAGACCUACAGACAACGAAUUGCAAUGAUCUUUGCUAAACAUCUUGUCAGUACAACUGAGCAUGACAUCUUAACUAUCAUCCAAAGUGAACAACGAGACAUUCUCAAUAGAAUGGAAUUACCCCAAGGUACUGCUAAAAACACAGCUCUCCAGGAAAAUGUAUUUGUCAUUUUGGUCUGUAUCCUUAAUCACAUUCCUGUGUUUGUUGUAGGGAAACCUGGUUGUAGUAAAUCUUUGUCUCUGCAGCUGAUUAAGAGUAACUUGAGGGGGAAAGACUCAAAAGAUCCAUAUUUCCAGAGUUUGCCUCAGUUGUUCUGUGUGUCAUACCAAGGAUCUGAAUCAUCUACCUCUGACGGUAUCCUCAAGGUAUUUGCUAAAGCUGAGAAAUACAAAGAGAAUGACAAAGACAACAGUGUUCUACCUGUUGUCAUUUUGGAUGAAAUUGGACUUGCAGAGAUGUCAAGAUUUAAUCCCCUAAAAGUUCUUCAUAGUUUGUUAGAACCUGGGGAAACAGAGCUUCCAAAUGUUGCUGUUGUUGGUAUUUCCAACUGGGCUCUUGAUGCAGCUAAGAUGAAUAGAGCUAUUCAUCUCUCAAGACCUGACAUGGACGCUAAAGAGCUAUAUCUUACAGGAAUUUCUAUCAGUGAGACUAGUGUAUCAGAUAAUCAGAAGAGAAUGAAUCUUGUUCAAGCAAUUGCAAAUGCUUAUUUGCAGUAUACAGGAGAACAGACAUUUAAGAAUUUCCAUGGUCUUCGAGACUUCUAUUCACUUGUGAAAUAUGUUUCAAAGGAAUUCAGUGCCUUAUCUGACCAUGACUCUGUUGAUUCAUGUGUCCAGUUAAAAAUCAUUACGAAAGGAUUGCUGCGUAACUUUGGGGGACUGUCCAGUGAAAUCCACUCUGUUCUGACAGUAUACAGAAAGCAUUUGGAGAAGUUGCUUUCUGUCAACUUCCCUGAGGUGGAAGACAUUCCGUCAGUGUUAGAACUUGUAGCUGAUAACAUCAAUGAUAAAUCUGCACGUCAUUUACUUUUGUCAACAAGAGGAGAAUCUGCUUUGAGCAUAAUUGAAGAUUUGCUAACUGAAAAGAACAGAAAGUUUGUGUCAAUCCUUGGUAGUCAUUUUGAAGAGGAUUUAACAGAUGACUACAAUUAUCGUAUUUUGAGCAAGAUCAUACUGUGUAUGGAGCAAGGGGUGGUACUGAUUUUGAAGGAUUUGGAGAAUAUAUAUGGUAGUCUGUAUGACAUGCUCAACCAGAAUUACACAAUUGUAGGCUCAAAGAAGAAUUGCCGCAUUGCACUUGGAGCUUACAGCAACCCAUUGUGUCAUGUGCAUGAUGACUUCCGAUGCAUUGUGUUGGUAGAGGAGGACAAACUAGAUCUAUCAGACCCACCAUUUUUGAACAGAUUUGAAAAACAGUAUAUGAAACUGACUGAAUUGCUGUCACAAACUGAAAUGAAGGCAGUCUCAGUUUUAGAAGACUGGUUCCGUGAAAUUGCAAGUAUUCAAGGGCAUACAUUUACAAGGUGUGAUGUUAUUCCCAUAGACAGCCCAGACAUGGUUGCUUCACUUGUUCAUUUUGUAUAUUCAAAACAGAGCAAUGAACCUGACUCCACUGAUCAUAUGAACAUGUGCAAAAGAAUGAUGCUGACAAUGUGUUCUCCAGAAUCAGUAGUGCGAAUGGAUUUGAGUGAACUUCAAAAGAAAGACCCUAAUGAAGUACAAGAACUGCAGGACAUGUUCUUUCAUUUGCCUGUUCACUGUGCAGCCCAUGUUUACAAAAUUGAAGCUGCAAGUGCUUGGGAUUCUGUGACUUUGUGGUGCAAUACUGAAGACAAAGACAGAAAAAGAGAGGUCUGGUUAAACCUCACGCGUGAUAAAACAAUGAUUGAUACUGAAUCAGUUCCACCACCAGAGGGUCCUGAGUGUUACCUCAUUCUGGACAGUGUACUUUCGCUCAGGUGCCCCUUCAGCAAAGUGUUCAUUGAUCAGAUAGAAACUUUGAAAGAACCUUUCAUGGAUGCCUUCAGAGCUGAAUAUUCAGACUUUGAUAUUGAUGAAGUUAAUGAAGAAAUCAAGGAUACAUUGACAAUGCGAUUCCAGCCCACAGUGAGUCAGGCAGCAAUGGACAUGUUUGAAAAUACUUACACUGACAACCAGUUUACUGACUACUUUCAUGACUUUUGUAAUGUCAUCUUCUCAGGAAUCAAACUGCAAAUGACAGAAAAGCAGAGAGAAAAGGCAACAGAGAGGUCAAUCUUGUCACGAUUUACAAGAAAACGAUAUUCAUUUGAAUAUGAUGUAUGCAGUUUGCAUAUCACAUGUUGGUUGUAUGGCCCAGUCAUCGAAUCAGAGGUCAAACUAAUUGAUGUGUGCCUUGACCUAACAGAGACAGAAAUGGCUGACUUUCUGCAAAGCAGUAACCUCUCUAUCACUGCAACUUUAUCUGAUUCACAGAAACAAGCAAAUGAAGGUUUGAAAGAAGUACCUUCAGGUAGCUCAGAGGAACAUGGUGCAUUGGAAAAGUAUGUCCAAGAUGAGGAUGCAGAAGAACAGCUAGAUGCUGAGCGCACAAGCAGUGUGGUGGAUGUAAUGGACAUAGAGUUAGAAUCUGAAACAGAAAGUGGAGAUGAAAUCUGUUACCAGAGGGAAGACUAUUUGAAGCCACCAACUCCUGAUGAAAUACAAUAUGAAGACAAACCAACUUCUGAUGAAGAUGAAAGUGAAAUGAUCAAAGACAAACUGUCAAAUGUAGAUGAACAGCCAUGUGCAGAUGACUGUGAAGAUGUUAACACUGCCAUAGACAAGUGUCACAGUCAAAAGUCUUCCUAUCACUAA